UGCCAAGCUUCAAGCUUCACAACCAUGGCUGAACACCGGCAUUUCCCGAGACGUUUGCUUCUGCUUCUUCUUCUUCCUUUUCUUUUCUUAUCAGCCAUUGCCAGUACAAGCUCAAUCAUCAAAACCCUACCCGGGUAUUCUGGUGAACUUCCUUUCUACCUCGAAACCGGAUAUGUGGGUGUAGGUGAAAAUGAAGAAGUGCAGCUAUUUUACAUGUUUGUCAAGUCCCAGAGGAACCCAGUAUUAGACCCUCUUGUCAUGUGGCUGACUGGAGGCCCUGGUUGCUCCACUUUCUCUGCAUUCUUCUAUGGAAAUGGUCCCCUUUCUUUCGACUACAAAAAUUAUACAGGAGGCUUACCAUCACUCCUAUUGAAUGAAUACACAUGGACAUCGGGCCUCAACAUAAUAUAUGUAGAUGUACCUGUUGGAGCAGGAUUCUCCUACUCAAGGACCCAAGAGGGUUAUUAUUCAGAUGACUACAAAUCUUCCACAGAUACCUAUGAAUUUCUAAACAAGUGGUUGUUGGAUCACCCUGAAUUCCUGAAAAAUAAUCUAUAUGUGGGUGGUGAUUCGUACUCAGGCAUAGUUCUUCCAAUGAUCACUGAAAAGAUAUAUUACGGUAAUGGAAUCGGAACAUUUCUGCAAAUGAACCUCCAAGGAUACAUUCUUGGGAACCCGGUGACAGAUUCAUAUAUUGAUGGAAAUGCACAAAUCAAAAUCGCCCACCGGCUUACACUUAUACCUGAUAAUCUAUACGAGUCUGCCAAAGCGAGUUGCAAUGGAGAUUUUGUGACUGUAAAUGCAAGCAAUGAAGAAUGUGUAGCCGAUAUGGAAGCCAUUAGUGAGUUGAUCAGUCCCAUAUACACAAUGCAAGUUUUGGAACCAAACUGUGGUAUUUCAUCCCAGAAACCGAACGAACGGAGAUCGCAGCAGAGGUCUCUCAUUGAGAAUUCUAAACAUUUCCCCUCAGGACUUGGCAAAAAAGCAGCAUACCCUUGCCAUGAGUACAUGUAUGUGUUCUCUGAAAUAUGGUCCAACGAUGAAAGUGUUCGAGAGGCACUUCAUGUUCGAGAGGGCACAAAAGGGCAUUGGGUGAGGUGCAAUGUUUCCAGCCUAGCUUACACAAAGGAUGUAAAGAGCAGCAUUCCUUAUCAACGGAAUCUCACUCAGACAGGCCUCAGAGCUCUAAUAUACAGUGGCGAUCAUGACAUGUCUAUUCCACAUGUUGGCACACAAGAGUGGAUAAAUUCACUCAAUUUGACACUGGCUGAUACUUGGCGAGCAUGGUACACAGAUGCUCAAGUUUCAGGAUACACACAAAGGUUUACAAAGGAUGACUUUUCUCUAACAUUUGCAACUGUAAAGGGUGCUGGUCAUGUAGCCAUUGAAUACAAGGCUAAGGAGUGUUAUGCCAUGAUUAAGAGGUGGUUUGGUUAUUAUCCUCUCUAAUUAACAGCGGUAGUUGUAGGGGCAUCAUUGAUGUGGAACUGUUUUGAAGCUUGAUUUGAGAUGAGGAUAAUAAUUUUGUUGUUUUAGAUGUGAUUUGCUUAUUGAUAAUCGUGGCUUGUCUCCAUGUAACAAUGCCAUGUUUGACAUCAUGGAUGCAAGAUUUUAAUUUGAAGCUUGAUCCAAGAUGAGGAUUGUAAUUUUGUUUGCAAUAAAUUAGAAGAUUGUAGUGAUAUAAUUUCUA